AUUAUAUUUUCACCUUCCACUAGGCACUAGUCUCUCCCGUUUCUUAUCUUCUCCACUUAAAUGGUGAUAAAGUUAUAAUAUUCCUCAAAUAAGAAAAAAAUGUGCUUCACCAAAUUCAUCUUAUUCAAUCUCAUCAUGUUGAUCCAAUUACAUCUUACUCUAUCUUUAGGAACAAAUCAUUAUGGGGAUUGCAAGACGAACAAAUGUGGGCCCUUACCUAUAAGCUUUCCUUUCAAUAUGUAUUUCAAUGAAAAACCCUAUUGUGGUAUAGAAGGUUUUGAGGUAUUUUGCAAGGAUGAUUUACAUCCUAUGAUUAACAUUUCUGGGAUUUUUCAUCUGAUUCAAAAUAUUUGGUAUGAAAAUCAAACUUUUCAUGUUACUAAUCCUUCUUUGAAUGGUAACGAUUGUGAAAUUAACAAUCUAUCCUUGCCUAAUAAUAGGUUGAAAUUAGCAAGAAAUCAGAGUGAUUUAUUUGUGUAUAUGGAUUGUAAAACUAGGGUUUCGGGGAAAAAUAUGGGGAAAAUAUGUAAAGGGAUUGGGGUUUAUAAGAAUGAUUCAAAAAUGGAGGAUUUGAAGAGGAAUUGUAGAGGAAAAGUGAUUAGAGUACCUUAUAGUGAUGAAAAUCUGAUUGAAGGGAGCGUUUUGAAGACAUUGGAAAUGGGGUUUUUGUUGAUUUGGAAUGCUUAUGAUUGUAAGACAUGUACAAAUACUGGUGGGCAGUGUGGAUUUAAUGCUAGUGCUAUUGAAUUCAAUUGUUAUUGCCCUGAUAGAACUCAUGCUCUCAAGUGUGACGUCUCUGAACGAAAGAAGAAAAAAUGGGGAACAAUUCUUGGAUUAGGACUUGGAGCAUUCGUGUUAGUGCUUAUAGCUUUCCUCGCUGUUCGGAAACGAAAGAAGUUAACUUUCGGUAACUCAAAGUUUAUGACUCGGAGUGCUUCUGCCGAUCAUAUUGAAUCGGAUCCUGAAAUGGGAAGCUUAUAUUUUGGCGUGUCGCUCUUCUCGUACAGUGAACUCUUAGAAGCUACCGAUAAUUUUAGUGAAUCUAAAGAGCUCGGUGAUGGAGGCUUUGGAACAGUUUAUUACGGAAAGCUAAAAGACGGAAGAGAAGUCGCAGUAAAACGCUUGUACGAAAAGAACUACCGAAGCUUGGAGCAGUUCAUGAAAGAAAUCGAAAUCCUUACUCGUUUAAGGCACCAAAACCUAGUCUCUCUUUAUGGUUGCACUUCCCAGCGCUCGAGAGAUUUACUGCUUGUGUAUGAGUAUGUGGAUAAUGGCACAGUCGCUGAUCAUUUAUACGGUGAAAAGGCUAAAUCGAGAUUACUUACAUGGCUUGUUCGUCUCAGAAUUGCAAUCGAAACAGCCAGUGCACUGUCGUACCUACACGCUUCUGAUACCAUUCAUCGGGAUGUCAAAACGAAUAACAUUCUGCUUGACAGCAAUUUCCGAGUUAAAGUAGCUGAUUUCGGGCUUUCGAGAGACUUUCCUAGUGCUGUGACUCAUGUCUCAACGGCCCCACAGGGCACUCCUGGGUAUGUAGACCCAGAAUAUCACCAAUGUUAUCAGCUAACCGAUAAGAGUGAUGUUUAUAGCUUCGGUGUUGUUCUCAUUGAACUUAUCUCGUCUCUCCCUGCUAUCGACAUGGAUAGACAUCGACACGAGAUCAACUUGUCGAACUAUGCGAUGAACAGGAUCCAACGGUGUGCAUUUGAUGAGUUAGUCGACCCAAAUCUAGGUUUCGCGUCAGAUUUCAGAGUUCGGAAAAUGACAACUUUGGUAGCCGAGCUUGCGUUCCAAUGCUUGCAACACGACAAGGAAUUCAGGCCGUCUAUGGAUGUUGUUUUAAAAACUCUCAAGAGGAUUGAGACCGAUGAUUAUGACGCAUUGCAGAUCGAAGAAACGGGUAAAAAUACCCGAGAAGACAUGAAAACGCAAAAUAGUAUUCCGCCACCUUCUCCUACAGAAGACGAUCACGCACAACUUUUGAAUAAUCUUCCGCUUCAUCCACCAUCUCCAAUUUCCGUCAUGGAAAAAUGGGAUAGUAGAUCAACUACACAUAGUAGCAGCAAAUAAGAUGAUCCUUCCACGAAUUUCAUUUUUUGCGCAAUCCAAAACGAUAAGAGACGCCUUUAUUUGAGUCUCUAACGUAUAAACGUAUUUGUUCGUGUAAAAUGAACCAUAUUUAACCUUGUUGCACAUAGCUAGGAAGUUUUGAUGUAUAGAGACGAUCAAGUUGCUGAGCUUUAGGAGUCGUUUGGUUGGCAUAAUUUAUCGAACGAAAAACGGGUAACAGAAAUUCAUAUGAUGUGUUUGGUAUAGUGAUAGUGAUAAACCAGCCCGUUGCUAUACAUUAAGCGAACCCCAGAAAAUGUUUCCACUACAAAGUAAGGACACAAAAUCUUCACCUUCCAAGAAAUAAAAGUUGCAAAGAUUCAUCCAA